CUGCCGCCUCCCGUGCGCGGGUUGUGGCACUUCGGUUCCUCUCUAAAAUGGUGCCAGCAGCUUCGGCUCGAAGCAAGAGCGUGCGGUGGCGGAUACGUGCCAGGAGAGCGGGGAAGGCUCUGGUGCUGCCGAAAAGGAGGAAAACAAGCUGGGGAUUUGAGAGAUUAUGGCAUCUGAAGCUCACAAUGUUAAAAAACAGAAGGUAUUGCUUAUUGAAGGUCAUCCCAUUGAUCUCCCCAGAAAAAGAAUCUCUUCUUCCACUAAAAAGAUCAUGAAGGAGGGUAAGAAAUCUCCAAAACAGCUGGCUUCAUACACAAACAGAGUAACGGUUGGAAAAACAGUGACCAGUCCCCUCUCUCUUUUCAAAGUGGUGUAUUGUAAAAGGAAAGUUCAUUGUUAUACUCCAAAGCCUUGUUACAGAAAGAAACUGUGCCCUAAAUCUAGGGGCCGUGACAUGGCAAAUAAAGAAAAUGAACUGGCUUGUGCAGGGAAUCUGCCAGCAAAACUUCACAACAGUCGGACACACUUGCUGAAUUCUAGUGACUCUGGCUCGUCUCAAACAGAAGGCCCCUCAUCCAAAUACAGUGCAUUUUUUUCAGAGGUUUCUCAGGACCAUGAAACUAUGGCUCAAGUUCUUUUCAGCAGGAAUCUGAGACUGAAUGUAGCUUUAACCUUUUGGAGAAGGAGAAGUAUAAGCGAACUUGUAGCCUACUUAGUGAGGAUACAGGAUCUUGGAGUAGUAGUAGACUGCCUUCCUGUGCUUACGAACAGUUUACAGGAAGAAAAACCAUAUGUUUCAGUUGGCUGCUGUGUAGAUCUUUUGCCUUUAGUGAAAGCUCUGCUUAAAAGCAAGUACGAAGAAUACGUGAUAGUGGGUUUAAACUGGCUUCAAGCUGUCAUUAAAAGAUGGUGGUCAGAACUAUCUGCACAUACAGAAAAGGCAGAAGAUGGAAACGUUUAUAUUUUGAAACAACAGCUAAGUGUUUUGUGGGAACAGGAGAAUCAUCUUACUCUGGUUCCAGGAUAUACUGGUAAUAUAGCUAAGGAUGUAAAUGCUUAUUUAUUGCAGCUACACUGACAUGAUGGGGAAACAGUGUGCUUAUGUGGUAAAACAAUCCCCUAAAGUAUCCCUGAAAUAUGUGCUGAAAGCCUUUUGAGAAAUACUGGCAGAAGAGAACUGAACUGUCAAGCUGUUUAAUGAAACCACUAACAAAACCCUAACAAUCUACUUCACAUUGAAGUGGAAAAAUGUCUAGUAGGAGCAACUUUUACUUCAGUGAGGUGAAAGUGCACUAUGAAAACUGUAUGCCUUUGCUGCAUUUGGGAUUCACUCAGUUACUAGGUAUUCCUUUAAAUGCUACUGUACCUUACAACGUCAUCGCAUAAAAGAAGAUGAACUAUAUUGUCAUGAAGACAAGACAGCAGAACCAGUUUUAAGGAACCAAGAAAAACAAUCAGCAUUAAGAGCUUUUAAAUGUCUCUUUCACAAGAGAACUCCAAAAUGCACAUUUAUCUUCCAAUUGCAUAAAAAAUACAAAAAACUUUGGGAUAUUCAGUUACUUCUAUGUUUUAAUCAAAUUAUUAAAGACAGUUUUUGUUUGCACUAUUAAGAAACUAUACAGCAAAGAUGCCUUAAUUACUAGUGUUUCAAAAAGCCAAUGUGUUAAGAUGCAAAUAGCUAUUAUGUUCAGAUUGUGAUGAAAAACUACAGAAAUCAGGGUUUCACAUUGUGUAGUUAAUGAAACAUUGCACAUAUACAAAGAUUCAUGUAUGAAAAAUAUUAUAAAUACCUGAAGUUAAGCUUGGGUAAACAGUUAUUGCAAAUGUCAGCAGAGUGGUGAAUUUAUGUCUAACAAAUGUUUUUAUAUUGUAUGUGGAUUUCUAACACGGUAAUCUUGUUCUGUAUCAUUCAAACUACAUGAAAAUAAGUAAAUAUAUUAAAUAUAUCUACUGUUUUUUCUUUUCAAGUUAAAAAAAAAAUCAAUUUCUAGAAUAAUCUCUUCCACAGUACUUUUUAUCAUAGGUAUUUAUGUCUCUUGUUUGGAAUGUUUACAGCCAGGUGAGGCCAUGUUAUUCAAAUCACACCCUUUUUAUACUACCUCCUUUAUGAAACUGACAAAGAACUUCUGCAAAAUUGAUCAAGUUCUAAAUUGAUCAAUGAUGGCAAAGUCAUACCAACAACAGCAUUGAGAAUACAGCUAUAAACUUACUGUCAUAUUGAUAUGCUGUUAUAUUUUAAUUUAAAAGCUAUAUCUUAAUAGCUCUGAGGGAGUCUUAAUCUUAGGCUUGCUGUUGCCUUUUUUAAUUUUGUGAUUAGGAAGCACGCUUUUUCAAUUAAAACUUACAAAGUGCCAGCUCUUCACUUAAAAGUAUACAUGCACAGCCUGUAUGACCAAAUAGACUAGUUCCUUAAAAAUAAGUACUUGCAGGGGUUGUUUUCAUACCUAGCAUUAAGCAUGUGCACUUUUAUUGACGUGCAGGAGAAAAGUCUUUUGAUAGUUGCAAGUGGUUUUUGCUUUACAGAUUAAAAAAAUUAAUUUUAAACUCCUGUAGUGGUCACUAACUUCAGGCCUCCUUUUGCUUAGUUUUGUAUUUAGUUCAUGUAUCAUUAUUGCUGACUUCUGAAGGCCAGCUAGAAAUCUGUCAUGAGAACUUGGUGCUUUUAGUUGUUUGACUGUUCUGUAAACCACCAAAGGUUUUGCAUUUCCCAGGGCAGUCAGUUACAGAGAUUUUCUGGGGCAUCCCAAAACUGCAAACUUUGUGGGACAAUUUGGAGACAUACACAUAGCCAGUCUUUUUGCUCGAAUUGUUAUGUAUCUUUAGAGAUAUUUCAUGCUCGUAAAGUUUGGAGAUAGGACUUUUCAAAUGUUCUUACUAUAAAAAAUCUAAAGGAACUAUAGUGUGACAUCAUUCUUAUAUUACUUUGCUGUUGCAUUGAACACUUAAAUGUAAAAGUAACAAAGUCUAGUUUCAUCAUUUGGGUGGCAAUUGCUGAAACUCUUAGAUUAUUCCUCAAGGAGAAUACUGUUUAUGGAAACUCAGUUUUUUGGUGUUUUUUUUAAAUACACAAAGUAACUCAUGGCCAUUUAUUUCUGAUAAUAUAAGAAAGUAUAUUGUAAUUGAUAAAAGGGAUACUCUAGUAUUUAAAAAUCUAGCUUGAAUGUAGCUUUAGAUACAUGGGCUUAUAAUGAAUUGUGUAUGUGGCCACAGAGUUACCAAAUCCUAACUGUGGAGAGUGCUUUUGUUUUAGAGGCAAGGUAAGAUUGAUUUGAGGAUCAUUACUGAGGAAUACCUGAUAAAAUAAUGCAUUCUUUUUAACUGCCAAAAGUUGUAUUUUGACAGCGUCAAUAAUACAGUAUUAAACAUUGUCAUUAGUAUCUGUGCCUUAUUUUAAAUGAAUUUUUUACUGUUUUCAGGCAGCUACUAGACUGUAAGAACAGUUCAGAUGUCUGUAUUAUGAAAUUACUUUUUCUUUCAUGUUCUUAAUUCAUUGAAACUAUUCACACUAAUAUUCAGGCUCAGCUUGUUGUAGUCUCUUUAGCUCUCAAAUGGCUAGGAAUCAGUUUUACUGUUACAGAAUGUACAUGUAUAAUAUCUGGUCAAAGUUGGCAUGAGUUAAAUGUCUUAACAGCUGUGUAACUCCACUAAAUUCAUAUAGUUGUCUCAAUUGUAAUUAAGUUUAUAAGCUGUCCCAUGCAUAAAUGAUAAUCUUUGUGAUACUUUCUGAAACUGCUAUUUCUAGGAUGUGUCAGAAGAUCCAGCCAGAAUUAAGCAUUUUCCUAUAUGUUCUUGUGAUGCAGAGGCACAUAUGUACUUGAGGAUGAAGGAUACCUCCACAAAGCUGUUCUUCGUAUUAUACCCCUUGAUAUGAAGCUGAUGUCUUGAAAAACAGUGUGUCUUUUGCCUCAUUGUUCCCUGAAAGUACUUGAGGCUGUUUUGCUGAAGGAGUACUUUUAAGUGUGACCCAGGAUUUGCCCAUCCCCUAAACUGAAACUAAAGAAUCCUUCUGGCAAACUGUCUCUCUCUUCAGGGCUGAAAAAAAAGUCCAGUAUUUUGUAAAUGGAAGUGACCAAGCUGAGGUAUUGCUGAUAACUUGCUGAAGAGUGGAGGUGGGAAAAGCUGUGCCAUUAAUUAGCUGGGUAUGAAGAAGUUAGCAUGUCACAAUGAUUAUGUAUGUCUCUGUUUUGAAGGAACUAUACCUAUUUCUCAGGAAAGAAUCCUCUACUCUUGUAUCACACAGGUACUGCAGUUCCACACUCCUUAAUAGUGCUUACAGAUUGUUGCUGGUAUUUAAAAAAAAAAAAAAAAUAGCAGCAGCCCUCCAAGAGCUUACCCUCCUCAGUGAGAUAUAAAUAAAAUUAUUUUUUUCCCUCCUGUAGGUUGCUUUAUCAGAGGCUUCGGUUUUAACACUUGAGGUGCAGGAGGGAUGGGAGAGUAGGAAAGGACAAAGUACAUGUGCCCUGUCCUGAGUGACAUCACCCCCACUGUAUUAUAAAGCAAGCUGUAUUUUCAUUUUCUGGCAUCUGAAGUAGGCAAGUUUGGCAUUAAACAUCUUUAUGCAUUUAGCAUUGAAGAGAUAAAGGUUUUUAAGAUGGAUGCUACAGUGCUAAUUUGUGAUUUUUUUGGAGGUUUUUUUCUCUAAAGAGUGGAAAUUCUUAGUGUGGAAACUUGAAAGUAUCUUAUGUGAAGCUUUCAUUUUAGACUAGCAAGUGGUUGCUUUUGCCAGUUCAUCUUGCUAGGUUUCCAGUUCUACAGAAGACUGAAUGGCUGUCUUCAUGUGGAGAUUUGCAGCUAUUUUUGUGCCUAGUUUUCUGGUGCAAAGUGAAACUGGUGGUUCAUAGUCAACUAUUUCAGAAUACAAAACCAUGCAAAUUAUGGUACUGGUGUGAAGUUAUUCCAGCUUUGUGCAAUGCAAAUGCUAAAGUUCAUGAAAGCAGUCGAUUCUUUUGAGAGGAACUUUAUUAUUGAGCUGAUGUUGCAUUAGUGAAGGAAAAAAAUGAAGCAGUUUUUAAUAGCCUUGGUAAAAGCCAGACAGUGUAGUCUAAUUUUUGCCUUCAGUCUGCCAUCCUACACACAGUAAUCAUUGUAGGCUACAGAUAAAGAUUCACAGAGAAAAUAGAUUGAGCAUGCUUGUCUUAUUAGUGCUUAUGUUAUCCUUCCUUAAACAAUUAAUGUUUAUUCUAUGAGUUAAAUGACUUGUUUUAUGUCUCGGAAUGAGACUAAAUGCAACUAUUUUUCUCCCCCUUUCCACAUAUAUUCUUUAGGACUUAAUGAUGUUAUUUAUUGCUCAUCUACUUUAAAUAUACUAAGAGUAUGUCUUAUUAGAAGUGAGGAGGGGAAGAUGAGAAUUCUAGACAAAACACAGGGCUAGCUGUUUAACAUGAUUCCGUUUGAAGCAACUGUGAAGAAUUUCCAUCUUUAAAGCUUUUCACACAAAUUUCGUUAAUACCUAUGAAUUGAAGUGUGCACUCACAGCUCUAAGUUUGACUUUGAACUUGGUUGGAAAAAAAUAAAGUGCUUUCAUUCUGAAUAACUGUAGCUGCAGUAUUGUUUCUGUUCUUGUUUUUUGCAUUGAGUACUAAGCCGGACUCAGAUAUUUACCUGCCAUGAGGGAGGCAGGAGGUAUAGCACUGUCCCUUAAAGGGAUAAAAUGGAAAUAUCCACCUAGUCUUCAACUAUUGCAGACCUAGAAUAUUUUUGUUUCUGUACUGACAGUAGUUUUGUAGUAUAUCUCUUUAUGUAGAUUGUGGCUGCAGAUUGUUGCUGUAAAAUGAGAUCUGCUAUUUUCAGCUUGAAUAUGUUCCAUAGUGGUUGAUUCAUAGGGAUCACUGCUUCAAUUCAGGCAAUCAUUACUUUGAGUGCUGUAGUGUAGAUGAGCAACUGAAUGUUGGGGUUUCAAACAUCUGUUCUUUGCUGUAACAAAACACAAGGAUGCCACAUUUAUCUUUCCCACCUUUUUAUUCUCCCCUUACUCUUUUAUUUAAGUGCUUAGAACCAUUUGAAUCCCCUUUGGAAAGUGAUAGAUGCCAAAAUGUGAUAAAAUGCUCUACAAACAUUCUUCUGACUUCUUUUAAUACCUUUCUGUGAAUAAGUUUCCUGUGGAUUUGGGAAGGAGGCUGUUUUCUGUAUGUAUAGGCUUGAAAUAAACAGAACUAGUGGACUUUA